UUAAAGUACCAAUAACCUUUGUCAAAGACACAAACAGAAAGUAUCGUUCACUCUUAUCAACUUUGAAUCUGAUCUGAUCAAAAACACAAAGCUGGGAGGUAGUGUUACAUAUCACUGUCUGUGCUGUGCAUGUUAAAACACAAACCACAGGCAGUCGCCCACAUUCCUGCUAAAUAAGAAAAGAUGUCAUGGUGUUUUUGGGGAGGUGUUUGUGACUUGAGCACUCCCACAGAGCAGCAGCAGCAGCAGCAGCAGCAAUCAGAGGCGACACUGAGGGAUAAUAUAACGUGAGGCUGGGUGCAUUACAGCACCAGAGAGGAGUGAGAUUUACUCGUGACGCUUGAGUUUGACUGCUGCCCAACGAUGAGGAAACUUCUCUUUAGCCUCUUAUUUCUUCUUUGUGUGGGUGAUACACUUCAGACAGCAGAAUGGAAAACAAACAACUCCGAUGUCUUUCCUAUGCCCAGAACUUUUAAUGGGGAUUUCUUCUUGCCUGUCCAAAAUGGGACACAAGCUCCCAGUUCACCUCGUUCCCCUCCAGCACUGAAGCUGAAGAGCAGCAGCACGGCAGCGUACCUCCGCGGCACCCUGAGCACUCGGUUCAUCCCCGUUAUUUAUAUACUGGCGGCUGUUUUCGGGAUCCCGUCCAACGUUUCCAUCUUGUCCAUGCUGGCCACUAAAAUCAGGAAGGUGUCCACUGCCAUCCUCUACUGCAGCCUGGCUGUCUCCGACCUCUUCCUCCUCCUCUCCCUCCUCUUCAAGGCUCACUACCAUCUCCAUGGAAACCACUGGGUGCUCGGCGAGGCUGCCUGCCGACUGGUCACGGCCUGUUUCUAUGGCAACCUCUACUGCUCGGCCCUGACGCUGGCCUGCAUCAGCAUCAAGCGCUACCUGGCUGUGGCGCACCCGUUCAUGUACAGAAGACUCCCCAAGAGGAUGUACACCGCCUGGGUCACCGUGGCUGUGUGGGGGAUGUUUGUCGCCGCAGUGGUGCCCGAGCUCAUCGUCCAGCAGACCUUCUGGGUCAGUGACUUGGAUCGCAUCACCUGCCAUGACGUAUUGCCUCUGGAUGAUAACUCCCAUACCUUCCUUCUCUACUACAACCUGUUUCUAACUCUGUUCGGCCUCCUGGUGCCGCUGGUGGUCACGGUCGGGUGUUACAUCGGAAUCAUCCAUGAGCUGAAGCAGUCACACCACGACUGGACGAUGUACAUCAAGGCCAGCUCGCUGGUGUUCGUCAUCUUCCUGGUGUGUUUCACUCCCGCCGGAUUGCUGCACUUCAUCCAUUACGUGCAGCUGUUCACAGACGGAACAGAGACCUCGUACAUGUACUUUAAAGUGGCAGUGUGCCUGUGCUGCAUCCACGCCUGCCUGGACCCUUUACUGUUUCUCGUCAUGUCCAAGUCUGCAGGCUCCAGGACUUACUUUAGACCCUUUCAGAGUAAGAGCAUGAGCAUAUCAGUUUAAAAGAAAGAAAUCUAAAAGAGAGAAUUGUCUCUGUGGCUGGAAUCCAAAGAGAAAGCAAAAGCAUAGAUGGUGAAUAUGUAUAUUUGUCUAUGUACAAGAUGAAAGGAAAGUAUAUGUGUGUAAAUAGUUUCAUUCUGCAGAGUUUGGAGGGGAUUAACGCAUCAUUUUAAAGAAGUCGUCUAUGCUUGACAUUUAAAUAAUCUAAAACAAGUACUUUUCUGUUCCCUGUGUUCACAGAUGGAGCUAUGAUGUCUGAUAAACUUAACUAUGUUGAAGCUAUUUUGUGUUUAAUGUAUACUUGGAAGUUUCAUAUUGUCCUAAAGGUAUAAUUUCUAUAACCUAGAUCCUAGUUUUUCCACAUAUAUUCAAGUAUUUCUGAAUCUAGUUUGUCUAACCGUCAUAAUACGUUUGCUCACUGAGGUGGCAUUUCCUGCCCGGCCUGUGACAGGAUGUAUGAUAACACAUCAGACACUGAACAAGCAGUGAAUGUACACAAACGUUACCGACGCUGUAUCUGCACACCGCUCCAGGCUGAACUCAAACCCCAUCUCACAUCCAGUUUAAACAGUUAAGAGACAUAUUAUCCUGAAUAGUUUUUAUUCUAACUCACAGGAUUUUUGGUUUUAUAUUAUCACACAGGUGUAGUGGAAAGGAGAUUCUUCUUCAUCUCUUUGAAAUCUGGAUUUAUUUUUAAAUCAAAGAGGGGAAAGAACCACCUCUGUAUUCACCACGUCACUCCUGCACCAAUGUGGCAAUGUGGUUCAGACUGAAAUAUCCCAACAAGUAUUAGAUGGAUUACCAUUAAACUUUUUCUCUUGGUCCAACAUUUGUGAUUUUUCAAUAACUAUGCGAUGGUUUAGUACAAACAUCCAUGUUGGCAGGUUUAUUAGCAUAUUAGAAUAUUGUCUGGUUCUGUUGUUUUGAGUAGAACCGGUUUGAAAGUGUGGGAAAGACACAGUGAAACAAACCACAGAGAUCUGGGCUUGAGCCCAAGUGUGUGUCGGCGUAUUGCAACAGCUCAGAGUGGUUACCAAGCUGUCGAACUACGACUGGCUUUGGUGCAAAACGUUUCAAAGAACAGAGCCCCCGAGUACCUCAGAGGUCAUCUCUGUGGAGACAUGUUGUUUUAGGUUCGGUGAUGUCAGGAAUACCUUUGCACAGUAAAAUAAUACGUAACCGUGUGUGUGUUGUGUGUAAAAAUUACUUCCUUUUGUUUUUUUGUUUUUUUUGCGUACCAAGAAAAUACAUAUUAACGUUCUGUAGUCAAUAUAUGCACUGAUACUUUUUAAUGUGAACAAAUACUUCUGUUUUCCAGUGUUCAGUCAGUCUGUACUAAUCUGUAUUUGUAUAGUACAAGCUUUUCCUCUACUGUGUACAUUUUUGUAUGUUAUAAAAACAUGAAUAUAAAGAAACAUGUAAGUCGUG